AACAAACCCAGAGGUAGUGUCUUCGAAGGGAGAACAUAUUACAUCUAUUUUGCGCUUUAUUUAAGUUUAUAUGAUGUACACUUGAUAGUGAAUGACAUUGGAGUAUACCAUGAACCUAUUUAGCGACGAAGAAAGUCGAAAAUGGGGGGUGAUAUUGUAAAAAAUCCCGGAGAGGUAAUGAGUUUGAAAAUCAGGUGAAAAAGGACAUGAUUGCCAAGAUGUCGGCUUGUUCAGCCAAGAGGAUGGUGAAGAGGUUCCUCAUUUCUGGGGUUCACAACCAAGAGGAGCUUCAGAUGAUAAGAAAGAAGAUUGUGGAGCUGGGUGGGAAAGUUGAAGAUAGUGUAAAGAACAACUUUAUAUCUCUGUGCACCCAUGUUCUUGUCAAGGAGUUCAAUAUGACAGAGAAAGUGCUCGGGGCCCUGGCAUCAGGAAAAUGGCUUGUGCAACCCGAGUUCGUCCUGGACAGUCACCGCCAGGGCAAAUGGCUCGAGGAAAGCCAGUACGAGAUCAGGGAAUUUGCAGAGUGCAGGCAGAAGAGGAAUGACAGUCACUUUGGUAUUUACUCUGGUUGGAAGGUGUAUAUCAAACUGGAAAACAACACCCUCACCAAAUCAUUUCGAAGGGUCACUGCCGCUGGAGGUGCUGAGAUCAUUUCGUUGAUAGAGAUCUCGCAGUCCGAUUUCAUUAUCACAGAGAGGAAGAUGGCGGCCUCCAUUCGUGAGACAGUUGGGCCAAACAUCCCCAUUGUAUGCUUCACUUACAUUAAGGACACAAUCGUCAGGGGAGCUUCACCCUUAGACUUGAGACCAUACCUUCUAGAUGCUUGUGGCAAUGCACAGCUGGCAAGAAAAAAUGAUCUUACCAGGCCCCAAAUAAGAAAUGGAGACAUCCAGCCCAAGAAGCUGCUUAGUGAGAUGCAGAUGAACACUUACAAAAAGAAUGCAUUUGGCAUAACUUACCAACAACCAACACUUGACCAGUAUGUCAGGAUUGACUCACCUGGCAAAUUACCUCAAGCCUGUUCUCCAGUCAGGAGGACACCUUCUUCGAGCCGGAAACGCAGCUACCAGUUUUGUCAGGUUACCCCAGAGAAGCAGCAGCCUUCUAUCUUCAAGUUUGUCCUACGGAAGGUACCUGACGGGGAGCAAAGCAGUGCGAAGAGUAGUGCAGGAAAGUGGAAAAUAUGUGUGACUGAGGAUGAGAAGGACGAUGAUGUCAAAGUUAUUGGGGAAACCUCAAGGAGUGGUAUUGGAAACAUGUUAAUCAAUGACAGUAUUCAAGAGAUUGGCAAAGAAUGUGCGAUUAUUUCUGUACAGAAAGGGAAAUUACCAAGUAAGGAGAUUUGUGGUAAUAACCAGAAGGAAAUAACAGAAAAUGACAUCAGAAACAGAAUGAAAAUUAUGGUAGAAAGACUUCAUGCAAAUAAUUUUUUUACAGAGAACCACAAGAAAAUACAUCCAUGUACCAUAGACUUAACAGGAACAUCACAUGAAGAUUCAAAAGUCUCACUAGAAGUUUCAAAUGAAGUAAUAUGUUUAGAAAAUGAAAUGGCAGUUUCAAGUAGUAUUGAUAAGGAAAAUAGGGUCGAUUCUAGUGACUUACAAGUAGAUGAUACAAUAGAUUCUGAUGAAGUGAAAAGAGACAGUGCAACAAUUUUCAAGGAAAUAAAAGACAAUGAAAAACUAUCUAAGGAAGUAUUAAGAACUGCCACAGACAUUACAAGAGCAGAUGUUUCUUCACCUGUACAAAAUGCGUUAAUAGAAGAAAGCUCUUCCACAAAAAUGUUUGUUGUGCAGUGCUUACUGAAAAAUGUAUCUGUUAAUAUUGGUCCAAGAAUAGAUGAGUGGUUAUGCCCAGCAAAAGCACCACUGAACAAAGUUAAACAGAGUGAAGCUUGCAAUCUGCCUGUGAAAGAAAAAAUAAAAGAAACCUCAAGGGAAAUGAAAAUAGAUAAUGAGGAAGUGAAAAGAUCUAUUGCAAAAUUUAUAAGAAAAAGUAAAAGGGUAAGUGGCAUCUAUAGCAGUGAUAUUGUUCUGAUUAACAAUGAAGAAAGCAAAGAGCAAAGCAACACAAAGAACUUCCAUAGUGCAGAGUUGUCAAACCAGGAAUGUGACAUACAAGCCUCCCCUGAAGUGCGAGAACUGGGUGUUGAAGAGGUCUCAUUCUUCGAGUCGAGCAUCGAUGAAGACGUGCAGAGGUCUUCCACCGAAGAACAGUCAAUCAUUAUGGCGGGUGUGGACUCACUGGACCUAUAUGUAACACCAUAUACUUAUCCUCCCAGUAGUUUGUUUGGUGACUUUCUGAGACAAUUGAUCUUAGAGACCAAGUUCACCACUGUCUGUUCUUAUGCUUUGAACAUGGCACACAAGAUUCUCUCCUUACACCCACCAAAAAAUUCCCGCUGGCGAACCUACUAUUAUGAAGUGUUUGCAGCGGCACUGCAGAAUCAAGAGACUUCAAGCCUUCUGGCAUGGAAGUUUAUUUACCGUGUGAUAAAAUGCUCCCUGUGUGACGUUGACAAGGAAAUUAACAACAUGGAUACAGAAACAGAAGAGACCACCAUUAAAAGGGAAAAUGCAUUGAGUCUCUUGAGGUUUAUUGUCUUAGUCCUCAGGGAAGACAUGAAACACUGGAAUAAGAGGGAGGAGGUCAUUCAUCUUCUCAGCUGGAAAAUCUUCUUGGGCCAGCUGACACAGCCUACAAUAACAACAAGUCCAGUGAAACACCUGUUGCAGAAAUGGGUUGCAGUGCAGUCAGCUGACCCAGCUGUGAGACAGUGUGUUGCAGAUCUUGUAUCAAUAGUCUUGGAGGUCUUAUGGAAAUAUGAGAAAACAUUACUACUGCCAGUCAGCCCAUUACCAAAGUCAAUUGCACUCUUUAGCAGAGAAUUUCUCCUCCAAAUCAAAGAUUUGGGUUCUAGUCAAUGCCUGAAGCUCAUUCACAGCUUCUCGUCUCCAUGGCCAAAGAUGAUUGUGUCUUCUAUGAUCUUCCAAGAAAUUACUCAGAUCUUCAAUCAGAUAAUUAAUUUUGCAGAUAUUUUGGAUUUCGGUCAAGCUGUGGUGCUUAGUCAAUGUACAUCCACCUCUCAUUCCCCUGGGGGUUCAGAAACUAACAAAACUUCCUCCCCUCCCAAGAAGUUUCGUUUGGGCCAAAAUGUGAACAAGAAGAAUAUCAAGGGUGAGACACCCCUCUUGAGAGCAUGUAUCAAAAACAAUGUCGAGCGGGUGCAAGACCUGUUGAACGCCCCGGGCAUUGACAUCAACAUGGCCGAUAACUUUGGGUGGACAGCCUUGCAUGAAGCAGCCAUAAGAGGUCACAAUGAAUGUAUCAAGUUGCUACUCAAUUUCAAUUAUGAUGUGCUAAUACAGAAGAACACUAUAUAUCCUUAUAUGAAAAGAGAGCGCUUUUCUCACAUGGUGCACCUGACUGCCAAAGGAGGAGACGACAAGCAAACGCCACUGCAUGAUGCUGUUGUACAUAAUCAACUGGAAACUGCAAAAAUUCUCUUGGAAUAUGGAGGAGGACCACUCUUGGAAGAGAAAAAUGUUAAAGGUGAAACUCCUCUGGCCCUGGCUGCAACGGACGAAAUGAGGACACUGCUCAAGUGCUUUGUUGGAAAGCCCUCCUCUAAGAGGCACUCAGGGAGUAAGAAGAACCAGGCUACCAUCAAGACAUCAGUCUUUGCCAACGGUUUAUCCAAGCCCCAAGGUAUCCUUCCUUGCUAUGAAGACAGGCACUCCUUUGUCCUUCAGUUUAUCAACUGUUAUCUCGAAGUUUCGGGGACGAGAUCAAUUUACUUUGAAAUACAGAGAGCAUGCCGCCGGCACGACUUUGAGAGGGGGACAUGCAAGAGUGGAGCCUCAGUGGCAGUGACGGGAGAAUCUUCGGAUAUGAGUAGAAAGAACAGCUCUGGGUAUCAGAGUGACAAUAGUGUCUGUGAUAGCAAAGGUCCACUGAGUAGUGGACAGUCUUCAGUGUCAAGUCCCAGCAAUACGAAGCUGCCAGCACAGCAAUUCCUUGUUGAUACUGUUGGUGGCACUUGUGAAAUUGAACAAACACUCAUAAAAGAGCUGUUUGAAAGCAUCAAGAUGGACCUGAAGCAUUUCAAUGAAUUCAAAGUACGUUUUCGACCCAAACCUAUUGAUGAGUCUGAUUAUUUGCUGAACCUCAAGUGGCAGUUUCUGUGAGAGAGAGUUGUUCCCAGUUGAUUGUUAUGUAUUCCAAUUUAGAGUUUAUAUUUCCUUUUUUUUAUUAUAAAUGCUUAAUAAAGUUUAAGGGCAAACCAACUUAUAAAGAAGGAAAACCUAUUUAUGUAUAAGUAUAUUAUAUUCUCUUUUCCCAAUGUUUUCUAGUGAUAGUGAUAAAGGCAAUGAUUUUUCCUAAGAGAUAUGUAAAAAUAACAAAGAUACAUAUUAUUGUAUAUAGAUGUGUAUUUGUUUAUCAGGCUGUCAUGCAAAUUUGGUACAGGUUAUAUUCCAAGCUAGAUCAUUUUGUUUUUUUUAUUUAAGCAUUAAUCAUGUAAGAAAACAACAACAUGCACAAACAGAUGUGUGUGCGUGCACACACACACACACACACACACACACACACACACACACACACACACACACACACACACACACACAACACACACACACACACACAACACACACACACACACACACACAC